AUGCCUUCACAAACACCAAUGCCCAUGAUGAACUCAUACGGUAACAGUGGUCCGACGAAUGGUAACAUGCAGUUCGCUCCUCCUCCCGCAAAUCGUGAAGUCAUUGUACCAUUUGCUGAGGGUGCCAGUGUAGUUUUGGCUAUUAUAUUGCAGGACACAAUUCUCGAUCUUCACUUCGAUUCUGUGUUUGAUGCAUGCCCAAUCUGCUCGUGUAAUACCUCAAUUCGUGCGAGAGAGCUGGGAUUGUACAUUACUCCACCGGAUGUGCUACGGAUGCCUGCGCAUGUUCAACAGGCGCAGAUCGGCUCUUGGAGUGGAUUCGCACUGGAACAAGCCAACACGUGCACAUGUGGAUUUAGUGCCGUGCGCCACCGCUAUCUUUCACUUUGUUCUGGCUUGUUCCCCGAAGAUUCUCGAGAGGCGACUGCUAUUGAACAUUCCGUCGCUCCGGUGAAUGGUCUCGGUACAGAUGUAGGUCUGCAAGCUAGCAGUCAAAUCUGGUAA